AAAAAGGAUUAGUGAAAGUAAUUAUUAAUUAACAGAAAACCGACCUAGUGGUUUACCCAUCAUUUGCUCUUGAAAGUCAGAAUCUCCAACCAAAAUACAAACACGGCAGAAUCUUGUUAACUUAUCUCUCCACCAUCAUUUGAAUUUCUAGUGUUCUUCUCCCAUCGAUCCUACCUAGAAUUAUAAGCCCCCAAACUUUCGAUGAUUCCUAUAUAUUCAAAUUAUAAAAUACAUCAACUUUUAUUUAUAUUAUUUAUAUAUAAUUCAUUUCUUAAUCCAAAUGUCCCUUACAUGCCAUCUAUAGAUUAGCCUAUGAUUGUUCUGCAAUCUCAAAGCUCAACUCCCAAGAUAACUAACAUAACCGAAAAAUCAAACCAUGUUCCCAUUUUUUAGGUACAACUCUUUCUUCUUCUUCUUCUUCUUCUUCAUAUGUCUUUGCUUCCUCUGUUUUUCCCGCCCUGCCCUUCCAGCCAGAAUCUUACCGGACUCAGUACCUGUAUUAACUGAUGCCUCCGACGUCCACAAUGCCAAAUGGCACGACUUCUCAAUCUUCCUAGACGCCGGCAGAGGAAGCCUAGUCAGCGGCAUGUCGGAGCUCAAGAACUACAUGCACCGUUUCGGCUACUUACCCAAUUCCAACUUCACCGAUUUCUUCGACACCGAAUUUGAGUCGGCCCUGACGCUAUACCAGUCCAGGCUGAGCCUGCCCGUUACAGGCAAGCUGGACACUGACACAAUCUCAGCGAUCAUUUCGCCUAGAUGUGGUGUUAGUGAUGCGUCGCAACAUACUGCCUUGCAUGCGACCCGUCACUUCGCCUACUUCUAUGGCAAGCCGAGGUGGGAGCGCCCUUCCCCGCUCACUUACGCUUUCUCCCCCAACCACACGGUCAGUUACCUGAACCCAUCGGAUAUUCGAGACAUUUUUUGCCGCGCUUUUUCGCGGUGGUCGGCGGUGAUCCCCGUGAACUUCACCGAGACCCAGAACUACACUUCCGCGGAUAUUAAAAUAGGGUUUUACCGCGGCGACCAUGGAGAUGGGAAGCCGUUCGAUGGGGUGUUAGGUGUGCUGGCGCAUGCUUUUUCUCCCGAAAAUGGGCAGUUACACCUUGACGCGGCGGAAUCGUGGGCCGUUGAUUUCAAAACGGAUAAGUCAAAGGAGGCGAUUGAUUUGGAAUCGGUGGCGACUCAUGAGAUAGGUCAUGUACUCGGGCUGGCUCACUCCUCGGUCAAGGAGGCCGUGAUGUACCCGAGCCUGCGUCCUCGGACCAAGAAGGUGAACCUCAAGGUUGAUGACGUGGAAGGUGUCCAAGCUUUGUACGGUUCAAACCCUAAUUUCAGGUUUAGCUCAUUGCUGAGUGAAGAUUCUUACAACCAUGCAGUUUCUUUGGACCCGAGGUCUUCCUCUAAGUGGUCAAUUUCUUUAACACUCAUCAUCACUUUCGUAUUGAUUUUAGGCCUUUGGCAACCUGAGAAUUAUUGGUAGCCUCCAAUUUUCUGUUCUUAAUUCUUUUUUUUUUCUUCUUCUUCUUUUUUUUUUAAAAAAAAAAAUUGGUUGAAUAUUUUUCGUACUUGUAUUCUUUUCAGUGAAAUUGUAGGGACAAAAUACUAAAUGAAGGUUAAAAGAAUUCUUUCUAUAUCAUCUUUAUGUGUUUGGUUUGGGAAUAUGGUGACAUAUGGAUUUCAUCUGGUUGAAAAUUGUAAAACACGCACUUUUUAUCUUUUUGCAUACUCUUGUUUAUUUCUGAUUGUUUAGAUUGAAUGAACAAAAAUAAAAUUAAGAGAGAUAAUUACACAGAAUGUGCAAAAGAAAAAAGGGUAUAUGAAUAUCAUUUUCUAAACUUUUUUAUGGACUUUUUGUAUAUAAAAGAAGGCAGAAGGGAAAACCCCCAAAAGAGGAGAACAAAAGGAAAAGAUUAAGUAUUAGUGGUCAGAAUCAUGGAGAAUGA